GAACUCACAGAGAUCCGCCUGCCUCUGCCUCCCGAGUGCUGGGAUUAAAGGCGUGUGCCACCACCGCCCGGCAACCUGCUUUCUUAUAGAACCCAGGACCACAAGCCCAGGGAUGGCACCACCCACAAUGGGCUGGGCCCUUCCUCGUCAAUCACAUUUUCUUAAUAGAAAAUGCCUUACAGGCCUGCCUGCAACCUGAUCUUAUAGAUACAUAUUCUUUCGUUUGGUUGGUUUUUUGGUUUGUUUGUUUUUCAAGACAGGGUUUCUCCAUAUAGCCCUGGCUGUUCUGGAAUUGGCUGUGUAGACCAGGCUGGACUCUGCCUGGUUCUGCCUCCCCAGUGCUGGGAUUAAAGGUGUGUACCACCACCACCUGGCUUGGAGGCAUUUUCUUAGUUGAGGUUCCCUCCUCUUAGAUGACUUUAGUCUAUGUAAAGUUGACAUAAAACUAGCCAGCACAAUCUCUUCUUAAUUUAUUUUGUUUGAAUGCUAGCAAGCAUGUGGAGGUCAGAGGAGUUGGUCUCUUACGACCUUGUACAACCUGAGGAUGGAAUGCACAUCAUUAAGCUUGAAAGCAGUUGCCUCUUCCCCUAUUGAGCUAACUUGCUAAAACUGACAAUUUGAUCUCUUACUAACUUUUAAAAUCUUGAGACAGCUGGACAUGUUGACACACACCUUUAACCCUAGCACAAGGAGACAAAGGCCGGCAGAUCUCUUGAAUUCCAGACCAAACUGGUCUACAUAUCAAGACCCUGUCUCAAAACCAAAAUAAAAAAUCUUUAGGAUUCUCCAUCUCCUAUGGGCCGAAGUUCAAAUUCCUUUAGUGUGGCAUUCAAGUACCCUCCAGUGAUCUAAGUCCCUGCCUGCCCUUCCUGCCCUCAUGCCCACCCGCCCCUUUAAGCACCCUUCACUAGACACCCUUCACUUAGCCCUCUACGUACCUUUCCUCAUUCCUGACCUCUCUUCUGCCCUGGUUGCUUACAUUAUUGCCAGCAUCAGCAGGACAGGGGAACCUGGGUUUGAAUCCCACUUUUGUUGCCCGUUGACAUUCUCCAUGUGGACAGUUUACCCAGAACUCUGCUAGUUUCUGCCCUUAUGAAAUAGUCCUGGUAGUAUCUGUUUCAUAGAGUUGCCUCCUAAUUUCUGUUUCCCAAGGUGCACUUGCUGUCACCCGGUGGCAGUCCUGAGUGUCCUGGGCUUUACUGUCUCUGGACUAAGUUGAAGAUCCUUGGCUGUUGUCUUUGUAGUUUCUAUACACCAAACAGGAAGUACUUUUUUAAAACUCUAGUGCAUGGGAGCUGGAUGUGGUGGCACACCCACAUCUUUAAUCACAGCACUCAGGAGGAAGAAGUAAGUGGAUCUCUUGGGAGUUUGAGGCCAGCCUGGUCUACAGAGCUAUUUCCAGGACAGCCAGGGCUACACGGUGAAAAAAACACAACAAAACUCUAGUGCAUGGGACUAGAGAGACGGUUCAGCAGUUAAGAGCAUUUACCGCUCUUGCAGAGGACCCAGAUUCAGUUGCCUACACCCCUGUCACAACUGCUUAUAACUCUAGUUCCAGGGGUUCCAAAACCCUCUUGCCUUCAUGGGCACUUGUACACACAUGAUGCAGAUAAGCACACACAUAUGAAGAGCAGUUAACAAUACAAAAAAAUCUUGGUGGUGCACAUUUUUAUAAUCCCAGCACUCAGGAGGCAGAGGCAGCCAGAUGUCUGAGUUCAAAGCCAGCCUGGUCUACAGAGCAAGUUCCAGGACAGCCAGGGCUACACAGAGAAACCCUGUCUCAAAAAACGAAAACAAAACAAAAUUCAAGCAAAACAACUGCAGUGUGAUGUGAGUUGAUAGAAUUAGGCUUCCCAGCAUUCAGCAGCAGUGCAGGAGCUACUCACUUGAGAAGAGUGGGAAGGCAGCGCGUCAGCAGGUCAGCAGAGGCCUCGUUAAGGAUUCAUUCUGAUGCAUGCGUUGCAUGCUUGCCAUGAAUUUGGCACUGAGAACACACCAGUGAAGAAAGCCCUGAAUAAAAUCCAAGGAGCUUUUCGCUUAGUGAAGAAUAAAAAUUUUAGCUGUUUGCUGAGGUGAUGAAGUAUGAGAGGAGAGGGGGAAUUAAAAGGACUUCAAAAUGGGAUAGGGUGGCCAAGUAAGAUAGGCAGUGGUUAAUCAGAAAUAAAGAUCAAGCCUGGGGUACAUGGCUCAGUAAUAGAGCACUUGUCUUAUAUGCGUGAGGCUAUUCCUAGUACUGAGAGAGAGAGACAGAGAGAGAGAGAGAACACAGACUGAAAGGAGGGUGUGGCUAUGAUCCUUUAUUCCUUUGCUUUGGGGCCAAGGCAUGCAAGACCACAGGGCGUGGUGCUCUUCUGCUUGCCUGGUCCACAGAAGAGGACCUUUCUGACCCUUCCUGCUCUGUGGCUCUUCGCUCCGUCCACUCUUCAGGAAGACUUCAGCCAUUCAACACCACCACACAGUGGGCCUCUGGCUAGGCCCUGGGACAGCAGAAAGGACCCUUGCUCUCAAAGGAUUCAAAUACUCAAUCCAGUAAAAGGAUCAUCACGGUCAUCCAGUACUGUACCCAUGUGUGUAUGGCAAGAUGCCAACCUGAGAGCGCCAUCCAGAAUCAAUUCUUUUUUUGCUUGUCUGUCUGUUUUUCAAGACAGGGUUUCUCUGUGUAGCCCUGGCUGUCCUGGAGCUUGAUUUGUAGACCAGGCUGGCCUGGAACUCACAGAGAUCCUCCUGUCUCUGCCUCCUAAGAGCUGGGACUAAAGGCGGACUAAUGUGCCGCCACCACUUGGCUCAGAAUCAGUUGUUUAUGGUUAGAUACUAACUGUCACCCGAGAAGGAGUGAAGCUGUCCAUUUGAACAGCUGGUGCUUCAUUUCAGGGACUGUGAACAGCACACCCUGGGAUGAUGUCAUUUUAGCCCCAUCUCCUCCCCACUUAGGCCAAGAUCCAUUCACUACCUUUCCCCGAUAUUGAAGGCAUCCGUGUGGCCACACAAAGACUUGAUUCGAGGCGAAGAAGUCAGGAACUGAUGGACCCCAAUACUGCUGGCUGAGGCUGUCCAAAGGCUCCGGGAGGAGGAAGUGGAUAAACGCCGUACUCAGAAUGAUGGCCGCCUCAGGUCUUAUCAGGAGAGAGCAGCUUCCUCAAUCCUUCCUCCAUCUCUGGCCAAGUCAUAGUGUUCAAGAGCAGGACAGUCAGCUAAGUAGGGGAGGAAAGAGCUGUUCAGCUCUGGGCCAUGGUGAAGUAGAACAGACCUUCCUGCUCUGUGGCUCUUCGCUCCGUCCACUCUUCAGGAAGACUUCAGCCAUUCAACACCACCACACAGUGGGCCUCUGGCUAGGCCCUGGGACAGCAGAAAGGACCCUUGCUCUCAAAGGAUUCAAAUACUCAAUCCAGUAAAAGGAUCAUCACGGUCAUUUUACACCAGUUUACAGUUGCACUGUCCCAGGCAGCAGGGGACAGUGGUUGGCCUGGCAUAGUGACGUGGAGACAGUGGCGGUGGAGAUGGAACGGGUUUUCAAAGACGGGCAAUGGUGGCGCACACCUUUAAUCCCAGAGCUUGGGAGGCAGAAGCAGGUGGGUCUCUCAGUUCAAGGCCAGCCUGGUCAACAGAGUGAGUUCCAGGACAGCCAAGGCUACAUAGAGAAACCCUGUCUCCAAAAACAAAAACAAGGCCGGGCAGUGGUGGCGCACACCUUUAAUCCCAGCACUCAGGAGGCAGAGCCAGGCGGAUCUCUGUGAGUUCGAGGCCAGCCUGAUCUACAGAGCAAGAUCCAGGACAGGCACCAAACUACACAGAGAAACCCUGUCUCUAAAAACCAAAAUAACUAAGAAAAUAAAUAAAAAUAAAAUAAAAAGAAAAGAAAAAAGGAUUUCAAGGGAUGCAUCCCUGAAGCAGGCUUGGAGAUGAGCUAUCCUAGAAAAAAAGGGUGAGCAAUGGCUUUCAGCACUAAGAUCCAUCCCCAGAGAGGCCCCUCCUCCUUCCUGGUAAUCCUACAGACCAUGCGAUUUAGGGGUUAUUGCCCUCCGCCAUGCCUGCUGCUCAGCAGUUACUUUAAGUUCCAGUUUGAUAAGCUGAAACUUCCUGUGGUGGGAGCUUUAGGGAAGAGGAAAGAGCUGGUCCAUUCCUGUUUAGGAGGUUUGGGCAGGAGGAUGGCUAGAGCUUCGUGUGAAUGGCAUGCCCUGUGGCUCCUGCCGUGGAUACCACUGUUCUUGGGACCUAGUCCUGCUCCUCCAGCCUGGGCCUUGAACCUGGACCCUGUGAUGCUCACCAUCUAUGCAGGUCCCAAUGGCAGCCACUUUGGAUUUUCUGUGGACUUUCACAAGGACAACCAUGGGAGCGUGUCCAUCGUGGUGGGCGCCCCCAGGGCCCUAAGCGCAAGUCAGGAGGAGACUGGUGGCGUGUUCCUGUGCCCCUGGAAGGCCAGUGGCGGCGAGUGCACCUCGCUGGCCUUCGAACUAAGGGAUGAGACCCGUCACGUAGGCUUGCAGUCUUUCCAAACCUUCAGGACCGGGCAAGGACUUGGGGCAUCGGUCGUCAGCUGGAAUGAUGUCAUUGUGGCCUGCGCCCCCUGGCAGCACUGGAAUGUCCUAGAAAAGACCGAUGAGGCAGAGAAGACGCCAGUGGGUGGCUGCUUCGUGGCUCAGCUACAAAACGGCGGCCGUGCAGAGUACUCGCCCUGUCGCACCAACAUCAUGAGCUCGGCUUACGCAGAAAUUUUUGGCCCAGACAAGCGAUACUGUGAGGCCGGCUUCAGCUCUGCGGUGACCCAGGAUGGCGAGCUAGUGCUUGGGGCUCCUGGUGGCUACUAUUUUUUAGGUCUCCUGGUUCGGGUUCCAAUUGCGAAUAUCAUCUCUAGUUACCAACCGGGUACCCUUUUGUGGCAUGUUCCCAACCAGCGCUUCACCUUUGACUAUGGCAGCUCAGUGUACUUCGACGGCUACCGGGGGUACUCGGUGGCCGUGGGCGAGUUCGAUGGGGAUCUGAGCACUACAGAGUACGUAUUCGGUGCCCCCACUUGGAGCUGGACCUUGGGAGCGGUGGAAAUUCUGGACUCCUACUACCAGAAGCUGCACCGGCUACUUGGAGAGCAGGUGGCUUCGUAUUUCGGGCACUCAGUGGCAGUCACUGACGUCAACGGGGACGGGAGGCACGACCUACUGGUGGGGGCUCCAUUGUAUAUGGACCACAGGGCGGAUCGCAAGCUGGCCGAGGUGGGCCGUGUGUAUUUGUUUCUGCAGCCUCAGGGCCCCUAUGUUCUGGGCACACCCACUCUCCUGCUGACUGGCACUCAGCUCUAUGGGAGAUUUGGAUCUGCCAUUGCACCCUUGGGUGACCUCAACCGGGAUGGCUAUAAUGAUGUUGCUGUGGCUGCCCCCUAUGGGGGUCCCAGUGGUCAGGGCCAAGUGCUGGUGUUCCUGGGUCAGAGCGAGGGGCUGAGUCCACGCCCCUCCCAGGUCCUGGACAGCCCCUUCCCCACAGGCUCGGGCUUUGGUUUCUCCCUCCGCGGCGCCGUAGACGUCGAUGACAAUGGAUACCCAGACCUAAUUGUGGGAGCCUAUGGGGCUAGCAAAGUUGCCGUGUACAGAGCUCAGGCUGUGGUGAUGGCCACUGUCCAGCUGCUGGUUCAAGACUCCCUGAAUCCCACCGUGAAGAACUGCGUCCUGGAACAGACCCAGACGCCAGUCAGCUGCUUCAACAUCCAGAUGUGUGUGGGCGCCACCGGGCACAACAUUCCUCAGAAGCUGCAGCUGAAGGCAGAGUUGCAGCUGGACCUGAAGAAGCCCCGCCAGGCCCGCCGAGUGCUGCUGCUGGCCUCUCAGCAGGCGAGCCUCACGCUGAGUCUGGACCUGGGUGGAAAGAACAGAACUAUCUGCCACACCACCAUGGCCUUCCUUCGAGAUGAGGCCGACUUCCGGGACAAGCUGAGCCCCAUUGUACUGAGCCUCAACGUGUCGCUGCCCCCGGGAGAGACUGGAGGAGCCUCUGCUGUGGUGUUGCAUGGAGAGACCUAUGUCCAGGAGCAGACCCGGAUCAUCCUGGACUGUGGGGAAGACGACCUGUGUGUGCCGCAGCUCCAACUCACAGCCACUGUGGGGAACUCCCCACUUCUGAUUGGUGCUGAGAACGUGUUGGAGCUGAAGAUUGAUGCAGCCAAUGAGGGUGAGGGAGCCUAUGAGGCAGAACUGGCUGUGCACUUACCUCCGGGUGCCCACUACAUGCGGGCUCUGAGCAACAUUGAGGGCUUUGAGAGGCUCACCUGCACCCAGAAGAAGGAGAACGAAACCAGAGUGACACUGUGUGAGCUGGGCAACCCCAUGAAGAAGGACACCCGGAUAGGAAUCACCAUGUUGGUGAGUGUGGAGAACCUGGAAGAGGCUGGACAGUAUGUGUCCUUCCAGCUCCAGAUCAGGAGCAAGAACAGCCAGAAUCCAAACAGUCAGGCUCUGCUGCUGCCUGUGGCGGUCCAAGCAGAGGCCACCGUGGAGCUUCGAGGGAAUUCCAUCCCUGCCUCCCUGGUGGUGGCAGCAGAAGAAGGUGAGAGGGAGCAGGAUGGCUUGGACAGCUGGAUCCCCAGGGUGGAACACACCUAUGAGCUCCACAACAAUGGCCCCGGCGCUGUGAGUGACCUCCGACUUGCCAUCCACUUUCCCAGCCAGUCCCAGCCCUCGGACCUGCUCUACAUCCUGGAUGUGCAGCCCCAAGGUGGUCUCCUUUGCUCCUCACAGCCGACCCCUAAGCCCCUUAAGCUGGACUGGACGCUACGCACUCCCGGCCCUUCCCCGAUUCGCCCGGUCCAUCACAAGCGCGAGCGCAGACAGGCGUUCCUGCAGGGACCCAAGCCGCUGGGGCAGCAGGACCCAGUUCUGGUGAGCUGCAACGACUCAGCGCCCUGUACAGUGGUGGAAUGUGAGCUGCGGGAGAUGGUGCGCGGGCAACGAGCCAUGGUCACAGUGCGGGCCAUGCUGGGGCUGCCCAGCCUCCGCCAGAGGCCGCUGGAGCAGUUUGUGCUGCAGUCGCAUGCCUGGUUCAACGUCUCCUCCCUACCCUACUCGGUGCCGGUGCUCAGCUUGCCCAGCGGACAAGCUCUGGUGCAGACACUGCUGCUUCGGGCCUUGGAGGACAGGGCCAUUCCUAUCUGGUGGGUGCUGGUGGGAGUCCUGGGCGGUCUGCUGCUGCUCACCCUGCUGGUUUUGGCCAUGUGGAAGGCUGGCUUCUUCAAGCGGAAUCGACCACCUCUGGAGGAAGAUGACCAGGAGUGAGGACACCAGUGCUCAGUCAUGGGGGGAAGCUGGGUGCCUGCUUCACCUCCGGUUUCCAACCGCUUGGCCCUGCUCAGAACUCCAUGGGUUCAAACGCUUCCGUGGGGUCUUCCCUUCCCAGCAGAGCAGCACAUUCCCUUUCCUACUGCCUAAUAAAGAGGUUGAUGUCAGUA